UGCUCAACAGUAAAAACUCCAUUAUUUUUUGCUCGGAAUUUGUGAGAAAAAAACCAGUGGGCAACUGUGAAUUGGGGAUUACAUGGGCCGUUAUGGUUGUGGGAAUAUACCUGAAAGCUCCACGGUUUAGCAGAAGAGAAAGCAAAGCAACGGCCGGAUAGCUGCAGACCGGGAGCGGGACAGCCUUCAGUCUUGUCGGGACACUCCACAAUCAAGUAAAUUUCAGUCAGUUAGCUGACUGGCUAGCUAGCCUAGCUGGUUGCAGCGUUAGCUCCGAGAUCCCAGGCGCAGUAAAAUGAAGCGUUAUUGCCCUUUGUUUUUAAGUCGGACUGGCAGACGUUGUAUGAAUGCUGAGAGCUGAAUGCGCACACCGCUACGGGAAUUGGAUUACACAGUGACUUAUUUUGCGCUCAUUUAUUAAAGUAUCAGCCGUUUUCAAAACAUUAUCUGGCUAGCCCGUUUGCUAGCCAGCUAACUCUUGAUUCUCCCGCGAGCCAGAAAAGCCAAGACUCCAAAACUUCGCCAACACAGAGCCUGACGCAGAGAAAAGGCUCUCCACCUUCACCCACAUCCCUACUCUGAUGUGAACUGAACUAAUAAAUCUGCAGAAGUCAUCCUUCAAGAGAGGGAUCUGCCUCAUAGCUGAAGAAAGUCGAGGUGUUUGGGCAAGUCAGGUUUUACUGGCAGUGUGCUUCUAACCCACCAGCAUGUACACUGGACAGUGGAUACUCUAGCCAAAACAGAUCCUGGCUUCCCAAAGAUGACAAGGUGCUGGCAGGCUACAAAAUGAUGGGAGGCAGUGAUACUGUCAGUGGGGACAAGGAUGGGGUCCACACCACUGCAAUACACGUCCCCAUCGGCUGGCAGAGGAGAGUGGAAGGAGGGCAGGUACUCUAUGUCAGUCCCAGUGGCACAACCCUGUCCAAUCUGGAAGAGGUCAAGACCUAUCUGAUGACUGAUGGCACCUGCAAAUGUGGCCUCGAGUGUCCUCUCAUCAUCAACAAGGUUUUCAACUUCACAGUGGGUGUGAAGGUGGAACAGCACAGCCAGCCACUGGGCAAAGCAGAGCAGGACAUGACCAAACUCUGUAAUCAUCGCAGGAAAGUGGUGGCAAUGGCUGCCCUGUGUCGGAGUAUGCAGGCUUCACAGCUGCCCUUUGCCAGCUUUCAUCAUCCAGGUAACCAAGAGAUGAGCAAUCGGGUGGACGGUCGUGAUACAAAGGGCGAAUCCACAGAGCGUGAAGAAGAGGACCGUGGCAUUUUCUGUCCCAAACUCCAUCCAGUCCCAGCUCGACCCCAGAACAACCUUCACCCAAACCCCUGCACCAGUCCUAAAUCCUCUCACCAUUUUAUUUAUCCUUACAAUGGCUCCUCCUCUGUCCUUCACCCAGCCACAAAUUCUCACUAUCCACUAGAUGCCUUGAGAAGACUUCACCAUCCUGCUUUCUCAGCAUCCUCCAGUUCUUCCUCCAGCUCAUUUCCAGCGUACAGCACCCCCCAGAGGUCACCCUGUACUCCCACUCCUCAAAGCAAAAGUCAAAGUCAAAGAACACCUAAAACCCCAGAGACUCCUGUUUCUCCUCGGCUAGGACCCCUCUCUUCACCUCCCCCCUCGUCCCCUGUUACCCUUGGUGGAGGAGGAAGAGGAACACAGACUCACCCUCAUCAUCCUCAUGUUGUAAUUGUGGGAGGUUCUACCCCACCCUCCCUCUCUCCCUCUGUCCAUAACAUGUCUAUGUCUCCACACCAGCGCUCCUGCCACCCAUCAGCUUCUCCAUCCUCUCUGUCUGAGCAGGGAGGAGGCUUACCAGCAGCAGGAGGAACGCUGAUGGGAAAUAACUUGCCUCAGAGAAGGAAAUCCACCUCUUCCUCUCCACACUCCCCACUUCCCAGUGGCUCUCCAAACCCCAGCCCCCAGCUUCCCAAAUACAAGCUGGAAGACAUCUUGGAGCAGUUCAAGAACUCAGGCAAUAGCAGCACUAAUAAUCACCACCUCCUAAACCCUAAUAAUCCCUCCUUACUGACCAACCAAAGCAGUAGUAACCCUCAUGGUCUUUCCUCAAAGUCCUCAAAGACUCCAACCUCCACUGCAGGAUCACAAGUGUUUGGGUUGAACUCUGCAGGGCCCUCUAGUUUACCUCUGGGGCCAUAUCUGAACCACCACCAUAGCCAUCAGGGCAAGCUGCCACAUCCAGCUUCUUUCCCUGCGAGUAGCCUCCUCUCUGCAGCUGCCAAGGCUCAGUUGGCUAACCAGAUAACCCAGGGCCACAGGUCAAAUGUGGCCAGCAAUGCAGUGAGCUUGGCCUCUUCUCUGGAGGUCCUGAAAGAGGCACAGCAGCAACAGGCAUCAAAGGUAACAAACAGCACUUUACAUAACAGCCACUCUCCCUCCUCCAUUGCUUCUUCUAGGCUUCCCCAUCCCUCCCUUGCAGCAGCCUCCACUGUUUUCUUUCCUCCAUCCCACUCUCUGGUCCAGUCCCUGGCUUCCUCCUCGUCCCAUCUGCCACAAUCAGCAGAGCGUAACACAUCGUAUAGGAAGCGGCAGCGUCGAUCUCCCACAGUCCUCAGCAUGCUAACAGACACCAAGCAGCUCUGUAAUGGGCUGCGGAAGACCCCACCAGAAGAUGCUGUUUCUGCUACAGUUAUCAAUCUUUCCUCCUCGUCCACUUCAUUCCCCUCCUCCUCCUUGCAUUCUUCCUCUACCUCAGCUGUGCAGAAUCAGAAUGCCAUCAUGUUGGAUAACCAUCAUCAACUCCUCUCUGGGCAGAUGCCCAGGUUCCCUGCUCCUCGACAGACGGCACAGCUUUCCAGGCCUCUGCGCCCAAAUGAGGCCCUGGACUUCACUACAGGACCGACACCCACAGCCACCCCUCUUGGCUUGGAUCCUCCAACCCAGCCUUUGUCUGCCCUGUUACACCUGCUCAGUUUGCAGAAUGCGCAGGCCACAGUCUCAGCAUCCAGCUCUGUCUUAGCUCAGUCUGGAUCUGUGUCUGUUGAAGGAGGUGGACACACUAAUAAACAGAGCCCCAAGCAGUCACCUUCAUCUCCAACCCAUCAGUCUAAUGUCAGGGACUCGUCGACUCGGUCACCUUGCCGAACAGAUAACACUAAUUCUCCCCCGUUGAGUCCACAGCCACUGUCUCCUCCUCCCCCCUCCUCUCAGUUCACAUCAGCGCAGUCUCAUCUUCAUCGUCAGUCCACUAAGUCAACUCCUCUUCAAAAAGAUUCUUCGUGCACAGUGUUACCAAACUCAGAUUUCCACAACAGCAGCAGCCCAUCUCAGCAGACACCCCCAUCUCCCUUUGGCAAGCAUCAACGAACCGAUAAUCACAUUCCUUCAGUAGAUCCUGCUUCCCAUUCAUCUUUACAGGUUGCCUCACCUCAGGGCACUGUCACAAGAGAGAUUAUUAGUAAGAACGAACCUACGUCAGUGGACCUUAGUCAUCCUCAAGGCAGUGUUCCUGUAGGGGUAUCCACUUCCCCAAAGCCUCUAGAUCUUAGCAACCACGUCCUGGCCAUUCUCGCAGCAUCUUCUAAUGUUCCCCAAGGGGAGGGCAACUCUUCCAGCCAUACCUCUGAUGUUGAGACGUCUUCCCCAGGAAAUCAAACUGCAGGAACGGAGGAGUCUGAAUUUGGGGACCCAAAGAUCUCCACAUUGACCAAACCUCCAGCCACCAGUCCCGGGCUCACUAGCUCCUCUCGUCAAGGAGAGAAUCACAGUCCUCCUAACCCUUCAGCUGUAGGUGACUCAGCCACUCCUUUAAGUCUGGCAGAGGCCUUUCCCUUCAUGAACCAAGAGCAGCUGCUCCAGCUGCUGUCGUCUACAGGAGGAGUACCAUCUGUCCUGGACCCCACAGUCCUGGCUUCAUUGCCCCUAGGGGGCCUUUGGUUGGGAGGACAACAUGCACAAGUACCUCCUGCCAGUGUUGCACCGCAGCCACCACAUAAUCUGUCAGACCAGCAGUCAGAGCAGCAACAGCAGCAGUUACUGAUAACACAGCAAGAAGAUGCACAGCAGCAACACCAAGACCAACAACAAAAGCAACUGCAGAUUAACAACAAUCAUCUGUUUCCCUUGUUGCCCCUGUUGAGUGGUGCCCAAGGGGAGUUCCCUCUGAACCUUUUAGGGCUGCUGAAUCCACUUCCAGCCCCAGCGUCAGCCCCUUCUGCAGUGCAGGAGGCUGAUUUGACAGAAAAACCCAACCUUCAUGCUCUGCUAAUGGCCUCCUUGUUGCAACAGCAGGCUUCCUUGUUACCUCUAUCUGCGCUGGGUCAGUUGAGCCAGGUCAGCUUGGAAGUUCCUAUUCAGCAGUCACAGCAGAUCUCUACUACAUUAGAGGGCCUCAGUCUGGAUAAGACCUCUGGCCUGCUGGACCCAUCAACCCUAACUGGGCCAGGGCUCUUGGAGGUCACUCAGGGCCUCCUUCCUAUUCCUGCAGGAGCUGAAGGCUCUAUCCAAGCCCUUCAGUCUCUACUCAUUCCCGCCACUCUUCCUCCUCCCUCUGCAGCCUUCCUGCCCCUCAGCCCUGCCUUGCUCACUGCUGCCCUGAGCUCUGCUGAGCUCCACCCGCCUCCCAAUACCCAAUUAGCUCCUGCACAGCAAACCCAACAUACCCAACCUCAGGUACCCACAGAUGCUGGUGUUGACACGCUCAUACCCGUAUCUCUUCAAAGCAAGGACAACCCCAUCCUCCAACAGUUACUCCCCACUUUGCUGAACUCUGCUAUAUUAGGAGAUCUUCCUGGCCUCACAGGCCUCCAUAACAUUGUGGGGAUUGGAGCAGGUUCCAUUCUUCUACCACCAGUCCAGGCCUCUGCUUUGGGGAUGCCACUGCUACAGGGCCAUGAUGGAGCAAUCAACUUACUCAACAACAUACAGCUGAACCUUGCUCCAGCCUCAGAGGGAGAGAAGCCAGUAUCCUUGCAGGAAGUGCAAAGCCCUGCCCCACAGGAAGACAUACCAGCCAGUCAAAUCACUCCUGAAGUGAUCCCAAGUCCUGUUCCAGCUCUAGCUCCAGCUCCUGCCCAAGAAUCCACUCCAGCCUCUCAGCGAGGAUCUGAGGGCAGAUCUGUCAUUGAUCCUUAUACUUCUUUUAUGGACACGAUUUAUACCUCUUUUCUUCAAGUCAGUGCUAAAGAGCAGGAAGAUGGGGCCCAUUUGGGGCCAUCUGACCCCACUUCACCCUUCUGUGCCUUACCUCCAGUUUCUUUUCCUGUGGAGCACCAUACACCGUCCACAACUGUCCCAACUCUGCCACAGGCAAGUGCCCCAGUUUCCCUUAGCCCACGGCGGGCUUGUUCCCUACGCAACCCAGACUUAUCCCGACUUAGUCUGGAAGCAGCAGCCCAUUCUCCAGCCCAAGGGACACCCAAACCCACUGAAGAUGGGUCUGUGUCCCCCUUACAAAGGAAACCAGUUAUGGUAGAGGGACAUACUCACCCAGAACCUCCUCUUCCACCUAUAUACUUGGAGGAGGCCAAGACAGACUGUGCUGGGCCUGCUGCAUCUAUGUGCCCUUAUGUAGAUCCAGGUGUGGAUAGGCAGGGGCAUCUUCCCCAAGUAGGGUAUCUCAGUCCUGGGGAUGGAUGCAAUAGUAGGCCCACUGAAGAGACAACUGGGACAUUGCUGCACUCUGAACAGGGAAUGGACCAAGCAGGAGCAGCGGCUGGAGCCAGAAGAGGAAGGAAAAGGAAACAAACGCUUCAGAAUGUGUUAGAAGACUUCAGAGACGUGGAUGCUACAGCACUAGAGGAAACCAAGGCUACAACAGCACUGCUGAAGCCUGAGAGGUCAGUGCGCGGCAGGCGGCGACGAGGCGCCAGGUCUCAAAGGCAGUGAUUGGUGGAGGGUGCCAUCAUUCAGAGCUGUUCACCAAUGAAAGGCAACCAGAUGCCUCUGUAUACCCCUCCAUCUCUCCAACCUCAUCACUACUGUUUUAGACCUUAAAAAGAAAAAAAUCAACUGCACUAAUAUGAUGCUGUCAUGUCAACCAUUGUUAUGGCAACCACUAUGAACAGAUAGGAGAAAGAUCUAGUCUGAGUUUAUUUCAAAAGGUGAAAAACAUGAAGAGAGAUUUUGUGGAUACUUUUUUCACUUGUGUUUUCUCUUAGGUCACAAAAUAAUGGUUGCGUUACAUUGUGAACAAUGAUCUGUCAAUUAGGUUUGUGUUAGAAUUAUAUUAAUGAGAAAACAUGAAAAUAACAAACGAGUAAUGUUUUCUUCUCAUCAGUGUGUUACUGUGAGUCAGGACGAAGCCCAUCUACUUGAACGAUGCUCUCUGUUGAAAGUGUGCUCUCUGUUGAAAGUGUGUGUGUGUGUGUGUGUGUGUGUGUGUGUGUGUGUGUG